AUGAACUUGGCUGCCACGAAGUUUCCAGCAGCAGUCUCCUGUGCUAAGAGUAUGAUCUGGCUGUUCCAGUCUCUCACUUGAAUAUCCUGUUUACAUCCUGGAAAUGCAGUUACACAAACCACAGCAACUCCACUGCUGGUGGUAAAUGGGGUGCUGGGAGAGUCAGUAACUCUCCCCCUGAAGUUUCCUGGAGGACAGGAGAUCAAUGUCAUCUGGCUUCAUGAUAAAAUAGCUAUCAUCUUCGUACAGCCAAAGGAAGCACAAAUCCAGGUGAUUGAUCCAAAACAGAAAGAUCGACUGCAUGUUGCCCAGUUCUACUCCUUGCAGAUCAACAACCUGACUAUGGCAGACAGCGGAUGCUAUUACACCCAGAUAAGCACAACAAACUCCAUAGAGAUUUCCAAAUACAAUCUGGGGAUAUUCAGAUGACUGAGGAACUUACAAGUUACUAAUCACACUGAACUCUCUGACAGUGGGACCUGUGAGAUCCACCUAAUCUGUUCUGUGGAGAGUCCAAACGACCAUGUCUCAUUCAGGUGGCAGAUCACAGGAAACAUACCCCUAGAGGAAGCAAACCUCACUAUCUUUUGGAACCCCAAGAAUUCCAGUGAACAAACCUAUACUUGCACAGCUAUGAAUCCUGUUAGCAACUUAUCCUUUUCUCUCUAUGCCCAAAGUCUCUGCAAAGUGUAACUUCCUUUUUUUUUCUUUUCGGGUGUUUUUCACAAGAAAAAUCAACACCCAAAUAUAUGGAUUAUAAUAGUGCUUUCUUUUAUCUGUAUCACUGUGUGUCCAAUGUUUGUUUGGAGGAAAAGAAUAACAGGUUUCUUACAGUUUUCUACUCAUCAAACCCAGAAUCCUGCAGAGAUCCUAAGAAACUCAGAAUAUGACCCAAUCUCUCCAGGAAACACUGUGUAUGCUCAGGUCAUUCAUCCAAACAUGCAACAUAGCCAGAUGGCCUUGGUCAGGCAUCAACAAUUUCCUACCACCUGCAAGAGGCAUAUUUCUGAACACUAUACAUCUUGAGAGGCCAGUUUCCAUGUCAACUGAAAAACAGCCCAAAGAACUCAUCACUCUCCAACCGUUGGGAGCAAUGGUCUAUCUAGAAAUCUUGGAUCACCUCAUACAGCCCCUCACAGGUAUUUGCAAAGCAGGCUCUUUGAAGAAAGAAACACAUAGGGAUACUCUUACUUCUUCAGAUAUUUCUGUCUUUUCAAUUUCUUCUUGGAGACAAGAUGAAUCACUCUCAACAAACCAAGAAACUAAUCUGCAAAUUUUACUUUUUUGUUAGUACAAAAUUGUACUUUGGAGAGUUUCAGAGGUCUUGAUAAUACCCUAAUAUUCCUUAAUUAAUUUUAAAUGCCAAAAUCUCUGAGCAUAGGAGACUUCUGCUGUUAUUGCUAUACUUUGUAUUCCAAGCAG